AUGGACUCCCUGAUCCCAUUCACAACCUCAGGAUCUCUUGUGGAUUGCGUCGAUAGGAAGAUGCUAGUAGUCCUACGAGACGGUCGGAAGCUCCAAGGAGUUUUGAGGUCGUAUGAUCAGUUCGCGAACCUUGUGCUAGAGGACACCGUGGAACGAAUAUACCACCAGGACGUAUUCGCAGAAGUAUGGAGAGGACUUUUUCUCAUCCGAGGAGAGAACGUCGUGUUGCUGGGAGAGAUAGAUCUAGAUCAGGAAGACGAAAUUCCGCUGCGCCAGGUAGAGUGGGCAGUGCUGGAGGCCUAUCACAAGCAAGACAUUGCGGACAAGAAGAAGCGUGAGGACAUCAAGUCGCAGGUCCUGUAUGAGCAGAAGGGCUUCUGCAAGGAAGGAGGAGAGGGAGACGGCUACUGA